GACAUCAUGAACGCAACUGUGCUCCAUGUCCCUACCCUGGACAUGGCCGUUACAGGCGAUGUGGUUUACGGAAACUGCUUCCAAAUGUUUGAGACGAACGCAACGGCCCUGCAAGAUCUGUGGGUCACGGCAAUACCCAAGGUCAAAGCUCUGGCCCCCAAGAUUGUCGUCCCCUCACACAUGCAUGAGGACGAACGGUUCGAGCCAUCGCAUUUGCAGGAGACGGAGCAAUACAUUGUCAAUUGGCGAAAGUCUAAAGAGCGUUUGCGGACGUGGCAGCAGCUAGAAGCGGCGAUGAAGCGGCGAUAA